CCGUCAGUGUCUCUCGCGGCUUCGCACAGAGAACAUCUCUUAGUUCGAGACGAGACUUAUUCGUUUGUUCUUUUCUCUUGCGUUCCAUCGUCGUUUCCCCACUACUACUUUCCUGUGUGUUUAUAACCUUACCUUGCCGUCUCUUCUCUCUCUCUCUCUCUCUCUUUUUCUUUCUCUUUCUCUCUUUAUCUCUUUCUCUCUUUCCCUUUUUCUCUUUUUUUCUUUUUUUCUUUUUUAUUGCGUGCGUGCACGUACUUUCUCAGCGAGGACGCUCAGGAACGGAUGAGAAAAGUUGUCUCGUCCUUGAAGAAAGCGGACAACCAACGUCUAGAUGAGAGUACGUCGAGACUAGACGAAAACAUCUUCUCUUCCUCCUCCUCCUUCUCCUCCUCUUCCUUUUCCUUUCCCCUUUUCCUUUCCUCCUCUUCUUCGAUCCCUCUCACCCUUGUCAUAUAUUUUCGUCUCCUUUCUUAAAAUUUUAAUAUCCUUCCUGCGAUAGUGACCAUCACGAAAAGAGUGGACAUGGCCGACCGUCUUUGGUAUUUCCUUCUCGCCUGGAUAUUUAUCGUCGCUGUUACUCGCGCCAACGAAAAGGCAUGGAGAAUUCAUCGUCAUUCGUCUUUUCCGGAACGAAGAACGAAUGCAUCGUCGAUUGCUAUACACAGAUAAAUAAACGUACGGACGUAUGUACGUAGACGCACAUACCAAGUAAUAUAUAUGGUAUAAUUUAUGUUUACGUCGAGCACACGCCGGUCACCCCCUUUUUCCUCGACGUGUGUGCACUGUGCGCACGAAGAUAUUCGCGCUCGCCUACGGAACAAUGGAUGCAACUUUAUGUUAUAACCGUUCGCUAUGGGAGAGUAAGGGGAAGGAAAGGAGUAGGGAGAAUGGGAGAAGGAGGACAAGGGAUUGGCGUUCAAAGUAAAGUGAGAUGUUCCGAACGUUCGAUGGAAGUUGACAUUGUCAGGAGUAGUCCUCAGGCAAGGAUAUAUCUCCAACAGCUUAAGGACUAUCCAGACGCAACCUGCAAGCCGCAACUCAGCGAUGGAGUCGCAACGUUCAGAUUAUCAUUAUUAGAACAAGACAUGCUACGAUGCGGCAUCACGAGGGUCGUUAAUAAAGUUACGGGUCAGAAGGUGUACUAUCAUCGGAUAAUAGUGGAGGAGCCAGCGGAUUCCAGCAAGCACACCUUCACGGUAAAAUGUGUUAUCACCGAAGUAGUCGUGCAACCUGGAGACGCUAUCGCAGUCAAUCACACGACGGUACGACGGAGCGUCCUUCCGGAAGGAUUUCAAGAGCAGGACAUCAUCGAAGUUCGAGGUGAAAUAUCAGUCUCGGCACCCGUUCCUAUUCUAGGCGUGGGUGUAAAACAAGGUGGUACUUUGGUUACCGGUGAACUCAAUGUCAGUCCUGGUACCCCUUUGCAGAUGGAGAUAUUUCUGGACAAUGAGUCAGCACCGAUCUAUGGACUGUUAGUAACUUAUAUGCAAGUUACCGACACGAAGACUCAAGAAGAGACGAUAAUCAUUAACGGAUGUUCGGUGGAUCCAUAUCUCUUCGAGAACUUCUACACCGUGAAUGGUGAUUUUCUUACCGCAAAGUUCCGUGCUUUCAAGUUCCCUGAGAGUACCUACGUUCAGUUCCGUGGUACUGUUAAUGUCUGUCUAGACAAAUGUCUAGGGAUCGAAUGUAGUAACGGACAAAUAGGCUUCGGUAGGAAGAAAAGAGCAAUAGCAUCGUCGAACACGGAUAAGAAUAAAUUGUUCGAGGUGACCAUGUCUACCUUCAUCAAGGUCGACUUCGAGGACGACGUAAUGAUAGAUCAAGUUCUAUCAGAGUUCAUACGAAAGGGUAAAAACAGAACCGAGGAGAGAGCAGUGAUCGCUGAGGAAGAACAGUCAUCUCCGACGACGGUCAGAACGGAGGAAAGACCAGUCAUAGCAGAAGAGGUCAGAGAACAGUUCAAAUACAAGCUCACAGAGAUAGAGACUAAUGCUGCCGUUUCGUCUAUUAUCGCGACAACCUUUGGACUUUUCGUCUUCUUCAUCGCCCCUCUCUACGCUGUCCUGUAGAACGGAAAGAAAGUAUUACAUUAAUUGUAAAUAGGACGAAACACGGGAUACCUAAGUUUUCAAGUGAAAUUUAAUCUUAAGGUGGAACUUACUUUUUUUCCUUUCUUUUUUUUUCUUUUUUUUAACAAAAUACAUACGAUAGACAUGAAAGGGUUUAUAAUUAUUAAGGGUUUAAGUGUUUUGGAGAGGACAAGUCACAUGUGACGCCUAAUAAUUUUUUCAUUUCAACGAUUUUUUUCCUUUCUUUUUUUUUUUUUUUUUUUUUUUUUUUUUUUUUUGUUUUUUUUCAAUAAACACGGGUUAUACUAUACAAUAUCGUAUAAAAGAGUGUAUUUGAAAUUAUAAUAGGCGUUCAAAGUGAACGAAGAUAUCGCGCUUUGAGCGAUACAAGACGAUUUUAUGUGAUAAUGAAAAAUAAAUAUCGUUUAAAUGACAGUGAUAAAGGGAUGUUGGAAUCGCGUUAAGGGAAGAAUUUUCAUUCAAGUACAUAUAUAUAUAUAUAUAUAUAUAUAUAUAUAUAUAUAUAUAUAUAUAUAUAUAUAUAUAUAUAUAUGUACUUAUAUAAUGUAAACUCAUGAUAUUUCUCCGUUCUGCGACUGCCGAAUUUUCUUCCAUCAUCUCCUCUUGUGUUUUCUUAGACAAUCUUUACAUUUACAUGCACCUACUCUAUCUAUGAUCAAUCGUCACAAGAAAAUUGGCCUUUGCGAGCGGAGAAAACUGAAAAACCUAGUCGUGCGACGGGGUAUAAUAUUUUAACGUGACUUAAUUAUUAUAUGAUAAUAAUUAAUUAUGGCUAACUAUUACUGGUAUAACUACAGCUUAACUGUAACAUAAGUGAAAAUAAAGCGAAGGCUGAUACGACGAUUUAAAUACUAUAUGUUUGUAUGUGAUACAUUCUCUAUCGCUAA